AUGCUCACCAAUGGCCACUGCAAACUCCACCUCAUCUUCAGAAAGGUACUGUGCCGGUACCAUCACAUUUGGAACAUUGAUCUGCGUUUUCGUCCAGCUUUUCUGGGUGCGAUAAUGCAGGCAACCGGUAAUCAGCCCCCAGGAAUGUUGCCAAAGCGUAAUGAUUAUAUGCUGAAGGAUAUAAAAAGGAUGGGAAAAUAUUACCAAGUCCCUAUAAAAGCUACACCAGAACACCUUCAACGUUUGCUUGUCCCACUCUCUCUUGGUGCCAUGCGUUUUAUCACAGCCAUUGAUAUGACACAACCACUGUUUUUGGAAGCUGUAUCUAGAGGGUUCUGGAUACGCUUUUGGUCACAGCAUGAAGAUAUCAACCAGCCAGCAAGUAUAUUGUCUGUUGCAGCACGGACGGGACUAUCAUCAGAGCAAGCCCAAAAGCUGCUUGAAAUGGUUUCAUCCCCUGCAGUGAAGAACCGGCUAAGAGCAACAACAGACGAUGCAAUGAAAUAUGGGGCAUUUGGGAUGCCGGCUAUUGUGGCACAUUUUAAUGAAGAACAGCAUCUCUUUUUUGGCUGUGAUCGUAUAGAGCUGCUAGCAAGUAUUAUAGGAGAAAAAUGGCUGGGACCAGUUCCUUCACUUCCAAACUCCAAGAUGUGAGAAGUCCAGGGGAAAAACAGAAGAAAAUAUAUAUACUGUGUUUGUGUGUGU